UGGCCCCUAUCUCCCUGCAACGUGGACUCUAGCUGUGGCCCAGUGGGGGAGGUUGGAGUGAGAGCCCCUCAGGGGCCCGGCCAUCAGGCCCUGACCACCCACCCUCACUGGGUCUGAUAAGAGACCCCACCCCCACAGCCCUGUCCCCUCUCCAGACAACUGGCCACAGCCUGGCCCCCACCCAGCCUCCCUGUGUAUAAAGGGAUCCUGGGGGGUGAGCCCCACAGAGGCUAGUCCUGAGUACGCCCAGCUCCGCUACCACCAUGUCUCUGACCAAGGCCGAGAGGGCCAUCAUCCUGUCCAUGUGGGACAAGAUCUCCACCCAGGCCGAUGCCAUUGGCACCCAGACCCUGGAGAGGCUCUUCGCCAGCUACCCCCAGACCAAGACCUACUUCCCGCACUUCGACCUGCACCCGGGCUCCGCGCACCUGCGCAUGCACGGCGCCAAGGUGGUGGCCGCCCUGGGCGAGGCGGUCAAGAGCAUCGACAACAUCGGGGGCGCCCUGGCCAAGCUGAGCGAGCUGCACGCCUACAUUCUGCGCGUGGACCCGGUCAACUUCAAGCUCCUGUCGCACUGUCUGCUGGUCACCGUGGCCUCGCACUUCCCCGCCGACUUCACCGCCGACGCCCACACCGCCUGGGACAAGUUCCUGUCCAUCGUGUCGGCCGUCCUGACCGAGAAGUACCGCUGAGCGCAGCCGCCUGACCGAGGGCGGGCUGCCGCCCCU